AUGUCCCAGGUGUACACUUCGGAUCUCAAGGAGGCGUUCGUGGACGCCACGCUCGAGGAGCGGCGUCUGCACGAGAACAAGACACGUGAGAAAUACUGGCUCAAAUGGGGCCCCUAUCUCAGCGAGCGUGCGUGGGCCACGGUUCGCGAGGACUAUUCUUCCAACGGCGACGCGUGGUCGCAUUUCCCCUUCGAGCACGCCGCGUCGCGCGCGUUCAGAUGGGGCGAGGACGGCAUUUUUGGUGUUUCCGACAAUCGCCAGCUCAUCUGCAUGAGCCUGGCGCUCUGGAACGGCCACGAUCCGAUCCUGAAAGAACGCUUAUUCGGCGUCACGGGUCCGCAGGGCAACCACGGCGAAGACGUCAAGGAACUCUACUACUACAUCGACAGCACCCCGACCCAUUCCUACAUGAAGGCGCUCUACAAGUACCCUUUUGCCAAGCCGUUCCCCUACGAGGAGCUCGUGAAGGUCAAUGGCGAGCGUGGCUACCAAGAUCGCGAGUUCGAAGUGUACGAGAUCGACGGCCUGUAUCAGGAUCAAGAGGAGGGUGAUGAGCCCUAUUUCGACGUGAUGUUCGAGAUGGCCAAGGGCGACGACAACCCGAACGACCUCAACUUCCGUAUCACCGCCUACAACAGGAGCAACAAGCGCUCCGGCGAGCUGUAUUUGAUCCCACAAGUGUUUUUCAGAAAUACCUGGGGUUGGUGUCGCAAGACCGCGCACAAGCCGCAUUUGCAACAAGCGGGUAAAAAUUUUGUGAAAGUGGAAACCGAAAAGUAUGGCACGAGAACGGCGGUGUUUGCGCCCUCUCCAGGCGGGUUUGGUGAAGGCGGUCCAGAAGGAGCAGAUGCCGAUACGGAUGCAGAAGAUAUCGACCCCGAAUUACUCUUUACCGAAAAUGAGUCCAAUUUGGAAAAGCUUUUUAACAGCGGACCCAAUCCGGCACCUUUUGCCAAAGAUGCCUUCCACGACUACAUCAUUAGGAAAAAAGAGUCAGCGGUAAAUCCUGAUGCGGAAGGUACCAAGAGUUGUGCGGUUUACCAUUUCCCCAGUAUUCCACCCGGAGAAUACGUGACGGUAAGAUACAAGUUCACGGAUGAAGAGUUGCCGCUUUACAACGACGAGCUCGUCAUCGAUGAAGAAGAGUUUGACACCAUUUUUGAAAGACGCGAAGAGGAGGCGGACAAUUUUUACUGGAAGAUCACACCUCUGCAUCUCAGCGAUGAGUUGAGAAAAGUUCAGCGGCAAGCGUUCGCGGGCCUCAUGUGGUCCAAGCAAUUUUACAAUUUCAUUCAAGACCAAUGGUACAAUGGAGAUCCUAAUGUCAAGCCUCGUCCACCACCAAAUCGUGCAGGUGGUAGAAAUAAGGAUUGGAAGCAUAUGUAUGCAGAGGACAUCUUGUCCUUACCGGACAAGUGGGAGUAUCCCUUUUUUGCAUCCUGGGAUACCGCGUUCCACUGCAUCCCGAUAGCCAUGGUUGAUCCCGAAUUUGCCAAAAAACAACUGGACCUACUUACUCGCGAAUGGUACAUGCAUCCGAACGGACAAAUGCCCGCGUAUGAGUGGAAUUUUGGCGAUGUCAAUCCGCCAGUCCACGCUUGGGCGGUGUAUCGGGUUUUCAAAAUCGAGCGUAAUAUGUACAAGCGUGAAGAUCGGGUGUUUCUCGAGCGUGUGUUUCAGAAAUUACUUCUCAAUUUCACGUGGUGGGUCAAUCGCAAGGACUCGGAUGGCAACAACGUGUUUGAAGGCGGAUUCUUGGGAUUGGAUAACAUUGGUAUUUUUAACAGAUCAGAGCCUUUACCAACCGGUGGAACUUUAGAACAGGCUGAUUCUACUGGAUGGAUGGCAUUUUUCUCUUUACAAAUGCUAAACAUCGCUUUAGAGUUGGCAAAAGAAAACCCAGUCUACGAAGAUAUCGCGUCCAAAUUUUUCGAACACUUCAUCCUGAUCAGCGAUGCGAUGUCUUUCAAAUACAUCAAGAAUCCAAACAGCGAAGACUUUGAAGAGGAAGUGAAGGAAUCCCUGUGGAACGAUAAAGAUGAAUUUUACUACGACGCGAUCUCCUGGGGUGAUCCCUUCAAGCAACAGUUACCCAUAAGAUCACUGGUUGGGCUCAUCCCACUUUAUGCUUGCAUGACGCUAGAACCUCAAGUGUUAGAACGAUUUCCAGGCUUCAAGAAACGGGUUGACUGGUUCAUUAAAAACCGUGGCGAUAUUUUCGACAGAAAUAUUGCUUCGAUGGAGAGAAGAGGAAUUGGAGAACGGCUACUUUUGUCUUUAGUCUCUAAGGACAGGCUUGAAGCCAUUUUAAGACGUAUGUUGGAUGAGAGUGAAUUCUUAUCCGAUUAUGGUAUAAGAUCUCUCUCUAAAUAUCACGAAGAGCAUCCUUUCACGAUGAACGUCGACGGCCAAGAUUACCAGGUUAAGUACUUACCUGGGGAGUCUGAUUCUGGUAUGUUUGGAGGAAAUUCCAAUUGGCGUGGCCCCAUCUGGUUUCCAACAAAUUUUUUGCUUAUCGAGUCGUUGCAGCGGUUCUUCCUUUACUACGGGCCCAACUUCAAAGUCGAGUGUCCUGUGGGCUCCGGUACUUUUUUAAAUCUUGCUGAAGUUGCAGAAGAGCUUGAGCAUAGACUAAGUCAUUUGUUUAUGCCGGAUGAUAAAGGGGUCAGGGCAUGCUUUUUUGGUGAUCAUGCAGAAUUAUUGUCAAAGGGGGAACACUUUAAGGAUUUGAUUCCAUUCUUUGAGUAUUUCGACGGUGACACCGGGAGAGGACUGGGUGCCUCUCACCAAUGUGGUUGGACCGCCCUUGUUGCGAAAUGGAUACAUGACGCUGGCGUUUCAUGUAUAAGACUUCCUAGAACUUCCAGAGAUUCCGUGUCGCUGUCAAGUAUCGAAUCUCAGCCCUCGUCUCCCAGCAAAGUACCUAUGCCCGGUAGAAUGGCCAGGAGAAAAUCGACGAAAUCUCUUGUCAAUCUUACGGCAACGUUGCUCGAUUUGACGGAGGAAGAAAAACGCAUGCACCGUUUAGGAAACAUGCCACAUGGGAUUUCACCAAUGACAAGCAAUCCCGAUAGCGCAAAUGAGAUUCUAUCCAGCACAGGUAGUCAAGGCGAGGUGAACUCUCAGAGAGAUCAGGAAAUUACCGAGGAAGAAAAACUACCUUCUACACAUGAAGCGGAAUCCAAGACGAUUCAGAAAUUGAAAUCUAAGAUAAAAGGAUUCAAAUUGAAGACCAAAGCUGACGAACGGGCAGAUGAAGAUGAGCUGCUCAACAACAAGUAG